AGUUAAAAUGUUGCAGAAAAACGAAGAACAAAUUAGUGCUCAAAUAUACGAAGACUUUGGUAAAACCAAGCAAGAUCUAGAAGAGUAUAUUGAAAUUUUAAAAACAUGGACAAAGACUCAGACGCAUUUUCCAGAAGAACCGAGUUAUCGUGUUCUACGCUUUGUGAUAAUCUACAACAAAUUCAGCAUUGAAAAGGCCAAACAACGACUGGACAUGUACUAUACGAUUAGGGGACUUAUGCCUGAAUUUUUCAAGAAUGGUCCCUUUACACCUGGGAUGGAAAUGCAUAUGAAACAAUGGCAAAUUCUCCCUCUACCAAAACCUACUGAAGACCACAAAAGAAUCCUCUACCAUAAACUCAAUCCUGAAUAUGGCGAUCCAAAAUAUUUCGACCAUGGCAAACAAUUAUCUUGCAUCCUUAAUAUGCUUGAAUAUCUUAUUCUAGAAGACAUAUCAUAUAGAAUUAUUUAUAUUUUGGAUUUAGAAGGUGUUACUAUGGGGCAUGUGGCAAAAACUAGUCCUAUGAUUAUCAAAAAGGCUGCGGUUAUAUUUGAGAAAGUCUACGCAAACAAUGUUUCAAAGAUUUACUUAAUCAACACUCCAUCCUAUUAUGACACAGUUUUCAACAAUAUUAUCUUACCAGUGACAACUCCAAAAAUACAAGGCCGAAUAAAACUGUGCAGCAUAGAUACGCUCCUAGAGGAAGUAGGAAAACAAAAUUUACCUGAAGACAUUGGAGGUGACCAAAAACCUUUAGAAGAAUUAAUGAAGGACUUAUUGCAAGGCUAUGAGAAAAACAGAGACAGAUAUGAAAAAUUGGUAAACCUAAGAGUAGAUGAAUCACUGAGACCGACUAAACUUGAAAAUGACGAUGUAUUGGGCUAUUAUGGGAAUUUCAAAAAAAUAAAUGUAGAUUAAAAAGGAAGAGUCAAUAUAAUAGAAAAAUUAAAAAAUACCACAAUUAUUAGAGCUAAAGAAAAAUAACUACCUUAUAUAGAACAAAAUUGUUAGGCUUUGUAUUUUCUGUAUUAUAGUUUUGAAUAGGUUUUGCACAUAGAAAGGCUAAAAAAUCGUUUGUGAUGUUCUAUUUUCAAUCAAAAGAUAAAUUUUUGAAUUCUGUAUUAACUGUAGUUUCAAUAUCUUCUUGUUCGCGGUCAAUGAAAUCCUUUUCCGAUGGUGCAAAUGUUUCUAGAUGAUCAAACAUUUCUUGGUAGUCCUCGAAUUUUUGUUUCCAAAGUACUAAAAAAGCCAAAGAUAGUGAAUUUAUUAGAAAAUUCUUAUGAAAACUUACCAUGUAGCUCAUCUAAAGUCUUUUCAGAUCCACCAAAGUCUUGUGGUAGAAAUUCCUUGGGUAUAUGUUGAUGUAAGCUCUCCAAAUCUUUGUGUACAUGAAUCUAUAUUUAAAAAAAAUUAUAGAAGCAAACUUCA